AUGCGAGGUGCUGAAGAUACUUACAAAUCAAAAUGGUUUGCUUACGAUGAGUUUGCUUUCAUGGCGGAUAAGAAUGACCCCGGGACAACAAGGGAUACAUUCCAACAGGAGGAAAUUAAUAGCACCACUGGUAGCGGAGAACAUGCUAUCAAUGAAAAUGAUCUAGAAAACGUAGACAAUCACACAACUGAGAAUGUUAUUAAUCAAAUGCAAGAUAUGAAUGAUCAAAGUAUACCAACUGAACCUUCUGUACCAUCUGAACAACCUGCUGCCCAAUCUAAUGUGCAAAACACCCAACACAAUGUUCAAACUCAAAAAAAGAAUCAAAAUAAAAGAAGAAAAAAAACAUCUUCACAUGGUUCCGAAGAUAUUAUGAUAACAGAUGAAUCCAUUUCGGAAGAAUUUCAACUACUUCAUCAAUAUGCUCAACCACAACAACCAGAGACAGAUUCAUACACCACUUUUGGACAAUACAUAGCUACCGAACUACGAAAAUGUGAUCAUAUAACGUUAACUUAUGUAAAACAUGGCAUAUCUCAAAUUAUUUUUGAAGCUGACACAGGCAGAUACAGACCAGAAAAUUAUGGAUAUUACUCUCCAACUUCAUCAUAUACAGAACGACCUUCAGAAUCAACAACAACUCAGUUUUCAUCAACUUCAUUGCAUACAGAACCAACUUCAGAAUCAACAAUGACUCCACUUCCAUCAACAUCUUCUACUUCUUCGACAACUUGGCAGCCUUCUCCGUAA